AUGGUAGAGACAACCUUGGCUGAAUAUAGUUUACCAGGAGUACUGCAUUUUCUACAAGCAGAAUGGAGAAGGUUUGAACGUGAAAGGAAUGAAUGGACUAUUGAACGAGCAGAGUUAAAGGCGCGGAUUGCCUUAUUAGAGGGUGAGAGAAGAGGAGUUGAAAACAGUAAAUUAACCUUACUGAAAAGAGUGAAAAUGCUGGAAUAUGCAUUAAGAGAAGAAAGGAAGCGGCAUUCAGCAGACCUUCAUCAAGAAAGCGAACUAAACCAAGUAUUACCAAAUCACGUUACCAAGGCAAAAGACAAUACAGACUCUGAUCAUAACAGCUCAAGCACAGAUAAUAGUAAAACGAGGCAAAGAAGUAGGGAACUCUUAAAAUCAUGCUUACAAGAAAUCAAUUAUUUAACGUCAUUACCGUCAAAACUACCAUUGACAAACGCAUUUAUAAAUUCGAUCACUUCACCGUCUACACAAUCGAAACCGAGUCCUUCACCACAGCAACUGCAGAAGUUCAAACUAAACCCGGACUUAUCCAUCGAAAUAUCCUCAUCGCCAACUCCCAACUACCAUGGCUACUCUCAACGCCAAAACGAUAAAAAUACGAGCACGAAAGCAUCUUCAUCCAAUCAACAACAAAACCAUACAAAUACAGCAUCCAUGCCUUCUCCAAUGACAUCUUUACGAAAAUCAUCGUUCACUUAUCAACAACAACAACAACAAAUACCAAAACCAUCCUCUACAUCUGUCUCUUUGCCACUAGAGCAAUUGGAUAUGGAAGUUCCGCUUAAUGUGGAUGAAGUCGCUAUGAUCAAUAACAUCAAUAAGGAGAAAAAGCAACUUGAUGCUGUGUCAUCAUCAGCAUCACCCUCUUCGUCUACUACUACUACUGCUUCAUCAUCAACGGAACAGCAACAACAAGAGAAUGAAGCAACCUUGUCUGCACAACUACAAGAAAAGUUUCACCUCUCAGAAGAUAAAGUUGCGAAACUAUUAAAACAUGCAACUAAAAAUGAAAAGAAACUGCAACAAAAACAACGUCAACGACAACUGCAACAACAACAUGAAGAUCGACUAUUAGCAGGUGAUUUUGAUCCAGAUCAGGUAAAACAUAUGGUAGAUAGUCAACUUGAUGCAACAACAGCGCAACCCAAAGUUUGGAAAUCAAGAAUCACUAUAAAAGGUCACCUGGAUUCGGUUCGUUCAGUUUGUUUCCAUCCCGAAAGAAUGAUGGCAGCUUCUGGGUCGGACGAUGGAACAGUAAAAAUAUGGAACUUGCAAAGAGCCUCAGCCAAAAGGGGCUCAUCUUCACUGGAAGAGGCCGAUCCUAGCAUCACGUUCAGAGGACACACAAAUAUUAUCACAAGUGUUAUAAUGUCUGAGCUACAAGAGAAAAUAUACUCUGCAUCGUUGGAUUCGACCAUUAGGGUAUGGGCAUUGCCAUCCGAAGAAAGAGGUCCUUUUCCUCCGGUGGACCCUAUGUUGAAUCUAGCUACUUUGGUUGGACAUACAGAUGCUGUUUGGGAUACUAAAUUGUCAGAGCCAGCAAAUAUUUUAGCUUCAGCUUCAGCUGAUGGAACAGUGAAAUUGUGGGAUGUGAGUGAGAAGAUGGACAAUAACGGGGAUGUACUAAAGAGUACUUGGACAAAAGAUGGCCUAGUAACAGCGGACAGUCCAUCAACAUUUUCCACAGCGAAUAGAGUUGCACCUACAACAUUGGAUUUCUGCCGACGUAGUAACAAGUUAGCAGUGUCCUUUGCUGAUAAUAAGAUUCUACUCUUUGACAUCGAAACAGGCAAAGUUAUAUCAACACUUAAAGGCAGUGAUGACUUGUUUGAUCAUACAGUGACUACACAAAUCAAUAGUAUCAUUUCUCAUCCUACUUCAUCAUUACUUGUUUCCGCUCAUGAAGAUGGACACAUCAAAUUCUUCGAUAUCAACGCUGGCCAAUGCAUAGAAACUGUUUCUGGACAUUUAGAUGGUGUGACGUGCCUGGAUAUUCACUCUUCUGGAUCCACUAUGGUAUCCGGUGGUCAUGACUCGUCUAUACGUGUGUGGGAUAUGUCCUCCAAGACAUGCAUUCAGGAAUUUUCUGCACAUCGUAAAAAGGGAGACGAAGGCGUUUUGGCGGUCAAGUUCCAUCCCACUUAUCCUUGGUUGAUCAGCGGUGGUGCAGACGGUAUCGUCAAAAUUUACCAUCAUGCACAUUAA